AAAAGAUCAUACGCAAUACGAAUACAAAUACGCAAACAUUCUCAUCGCGAGAGUGUGACGACGCAACGGAAAAUCGAGCCAAACAAAGUUGAGUGCGCUGACCACUCACCUAAACAGAACUGUUAAGUACCAAAUUUCAGAUCUGGUAUAUUAAUCAUCCUCACUUAUGGGUUAACAUUAAUAAUAAUAAAACGAGAAUUAAAAAAUAACAGCAGAAAAAAGUAAAUAAUGGUUCGUUAAUUUAAUAAAGCUGCUCCCCUUCAUGCUCUUCACAUUAUACAUUUGAAUUCGCGGCAGUUUGUUUAUUUAUUUAUUCAUCAGAAAAUUUACAAGGUAUGUACAUCAUACCUCAAAUCCUGCAGAGGUAAAUGAAGUUACCUGUUAGCAGGCCUACUGGUUAUACAACAAAAAAGUAUAACAUAAAACUUUGCUGUAACUGAUGCAUAAGUUGCACUCGAGCACGAUUGUAGUACGGCAGUGUACGCUGCCCGCGUAAAGUACGCGGGCAGAUUCGGUAGUGGUGAGCAAUAGUCAGUCCCGCUCUGGGUAUGCUCCGAUGCGCACGCUUCACAAAUUAACCGAGGCCUUACUGUACAUACCAUUAAAUAAAGGAGUCUGCUAAGAAUAAGAUUGUGAGGUGUUUAAUCAAUAUCAUCCCACGAUUUGCACAUCUCUGCGUCAGAACCUUAAAAAGGACAUAUCAAUGGCGACGAGGAUAAAAAGUGUCGUAUAACGCCAAGAAAAACGUGGUCGCAGCAUAACUGAAAUUAAGUGUACGGUGUGGCACAAAUGCCUGGUGUAAAUUCCCUGGUAGAAAUCGAUAUAAGUUUAAAGCUACAACAUACCACGUAUUACUAGAGAUGGGCGAAAAAUAGGUCCAUUUUUCGACCAGCGAUGAAACGCUUUUUCAGACAUUUUUUACGCAUUUAUUGGAGUAAGAAUAGAGUCAUACCGUAUUACAAGGAAUUUUCAAGCUUGUAAAAAUAGAUUUCAUUGUCUAAAGUAAAGCACAGGUGAUAGCUACGAAAAGCUAGUUGAUGGCUACGAAAGUACUACGCAAAAUAAGUCGAGUCAAAAAAGUGAAAAAAUAAGAAAAUCACGAUUAUCUUCGUAUGUCGUGCUUGUAUAACUCUAAUUGACUGUUAAUUGUGUAAACCGUUUGGAAAUCGAUUAAAAUCCGUAAGCCUCUUUGAAAUUAGUGUACGACACAAGGAAUAAUACCAAUACGAAAGAUUUGAGGUUAUGUUCAUUCCAACAAAUGCUCAAGAAAUGGGAGAAAAAGCGUUUCAUCACAAGCUAUGACUAGGCUAUUUCUCAUAGCCAUUUCAUAGUUUACAGCCCAUUUUAAAUGCUCGAAUUUCUACCAGAGUUGGACGUUUAUUAAAAGCGAAAUAUUGUUAAAUCACACUUCGUGGAUCCAAACGCUCAGUAAAGAGAACUUGAUAGAGGUUUGCAUACAUUACGGUUUAAGUGCAGACGAAUCGCACACCGUGGAUAGUUUACGCAAAACUUUGAAUAAAUGUGUUAAAACAGUAAUACAAGAAAAUACGAAAACGGAAAACAAAUCGCCAACGAAAAGUAACGGUACAAAUAGCGAAACGGAAACUAAAAGUAGCAGUUCUAAGGAAACAUCAAAUAUGUCGCUGCUAGGCCACGUGGAGCCGUACAAAAAGAAGGCAAAUCUAAACAGUUUUUUGGAUCAGCUCGAGGCAUACGCUCAGCUGAAUAACGUUGACAAUACAAAAAAGCCGAAGCUGCUGCUGACAUUUUUGUCAACGAAAGUCUACGACGAAUUGGAAACCGACUGCGAGCCUGCGCAGGUGACUACACUCGAGUGGAAUGAAAUAAAAGAAAAAUUAAAGAAACUUUACGAUCCAGACAAAGGCGAGUAUUCAGCGCGUGUUAUUUUCCGGGACCGAAAACAAAAGCAAAAUGAGAGCAUUCAAGAGUACACAUUGGCGCUAAGAAGAUUGUCGAUAAAGUGUAAAUUUUCGUCGACCGAAUUAAAAAUCUAAUGAAGGAUCAAUUGAUUUCGGGAGUAAAAGCAAACUAAUGAAAUACGAGUUGCUGAAAGAAGCUGAAGGAAAAAAUCUAGAAGAAAUUCUGGAAAUUGCUAAAACCGUUGAAAUCGCGAAUGGCAAGGCGUCGGACGUCGAGAACAGACAAGAAACAAUAAACACGGCCGAGGACAAGGAAACAGGCAUGCAUCACGUGAAUACAUCGCGUAACGGCCAAUAUCCGAAACAACAGUACUUUGAUGGCAGAAGAAACGGAAAUUUCCAGCAGAGACGACCGAAUUUCAAAAACGGCAACUUCUCACGGGGGCAGCAACAACAGGGAAGUAACGCGCAAGCGAACGUAAAUAAUUUUUGUAAAUGCUGCGGUAAAGGCAACCACUUGAUUUUUCAAUGCUCACUCAGAUUCAAGUACUGCAGUGAAUGCGGCAUACAAGGUCACGUAUUUCGUAUGUGUCCUAGUAGAAAUAAUGAUUUUAGACCAAGCCAAAGAGUAAAUACACUAGAAACUGAGCAAAUUGAAAAUUCAAGUUCUGGUGAUACAAGCGACAAUAACAAUAAUAAUACUAAUAGUAGCUUUAAUGACGAUGUAGAAGUUCAGGCGCGUUAUAAUCACGAUGACUAUCAUUUUGUACACGAAAUUAAAAUUGAGAAUGAAAUUGUUGAACCGGCUAGAGUAAACAAAGUUAUCGAACCACAGUUUGAAAUAAUUAAAGUGAACAAUAUACCAUUAAAAAUGGAGAUUGACUCCGGUUCACCAAUUUCAGCUGUCUCGUUUGAUUGUUAUAAAAAAAAUUUUUCGAUGUUACCUAUUCUUCGAGCAUACAAUAAUCAACAAAUACCCGCAAAAGGUAAGAUUAUGGUCGAGAUUCAGCGUAAUAAUAAUAAUAAUGAUACCCGAUGGAUACCCGAUUUUAGGUAGAGAAUGGAUGUAUGCGCUAGGCAUGUGGCCGCUUAAAUUCGCAGAAAAUAUACCAAACAAAAACCAAAACAUCAAGUAUAUCUACGAUGUAAAUCGAUCGUACGUUGAGCAAUUACGAACGGAAUUCCCAGAGGUGUUCUCGGACGGUUUCGGGUUAUUUAAACACGGCUGUUUAUCAUUAAAAGUAAAAGCUAAUACAGUACCAAAAUUUUUCCACGUAAAGUCCCAUUCGCAAUACAGCCUAAACUCGAAGCAAAAAUUUAUCGAUUGGUAGAAAAUAAAAUAUUAGUACCGAUAGAAUAUAGCGAAUGGGGUACGCCUAUAGUACCGAUAAUAAAAGGCAACGGUGACAUUAGAAUCUGCGGUGAUUUUAAAGUCACAUUAAAUCCUUCUCUUGAAAUUGAUCAUUUUCCAUCUCCGCGACCGGAAGCGGUAGUUUACGAAUCACGUGGUGGUGAACAAUUUUCAAAAUUGGAUCUAGCGGAGGCGUAUCAACAAUUGCCAUUAGACGAAAAAUCGCAAACAUAUGUCGUGAUUAGUACACAUUUAGGAUUGUUUAAAUUUACACGGCUGUCAUACGGUGUUUCGACCGGACCUGGUUCCUUUCAAAUUAAAAUAACCGCGUUACUAAUGGGAAUUCCAAGCGUAGUUGUAUACAUCGACGACAUCAUAAUAACAGCGCCAAAUAAAACUGAACAUAUGAAACGAUUGCGCGAAGUAUUAAGCAGAUUAAAUGACGCUGGUUUAAAAUUAAAGUUUGAGAAAUGUAAGUUCUUACAAGACGAAGUCGUGUAUUUAGGUUUUAAGAUUGAUAAAUUUGGCAUUCAUCCAAUAAAAAGUAAAAUUGAAUGCGUACAAAAAGCUCCUCAACCGUCGUGUAUAUCUGAAUUACGUAGUUUUUUAGGGUCCGUGAAUUAUUACGCACGAUUUAUUCCAGAUAUCGGGACUAAAUUGAGGCCGUUGUACGAUUGUUUGGAAAAACAGCGUAGUUUUCUGUGGACUGCCGAUUGUGAAAAAGCGUUUAAAAAGAUAAAAACUCAUUUAAUUUCGGAAAAAUUUUUAGUACACUACGACCCAAAUAAACCGCUAAUACUGACAUGUGACGCGUCACCGCAAGGUGUAUCGGCGGUGCUGUCGCAUCGCAUUAAUAAAAACGAUUUUCCACAAAUACAUUACGCUAGUCGAACGUUGAACGUAAGCAAACGAAACUAUUCGCAAUUAGAUCGAGAAGGGUUAGCAAUUAUUUUUGGGGUUAAAACAUAUUUCGAGUACCUAUUCGGUCAAAAGUUUUUAUUACAAACCGACAACGCCGCACUUACACGCAUUUUCCACCCAGAAAAAUCUAUACCGACAAUUGCAGCCGCACGCAUACAAAGAUGGGCAGUAUUUUUGACAGCUUUCCGUUACGAAAUCAAGCACAUAAAAGGCACAGAAAACUACACUGACUGGUUAAGCAGAUUGCCUAUCAAAAACACACGCGAAACAACAAAAGCAAGAGAAUCAGCCGACGAUGUAUCAAAUGUAUACUUCAGUUAUGUAACAGAACACGAUUUAGCGUCAUUAGAUUGGAGAAACGUACAACGAGCGACGCAGGAAGACAGAAUACUAUGUAAAAUAAUGCGAUACUGUAUCGAUGGUUGGCCAGACAAAACGCCGGUAGAAAAAGAAUUAGCAAUUUAUUGAAACAAACGUGAGGCAAUAUCGGUUGAAAAUAAUUGUGUACUUUGGGGACAUAGAGUUGUUAUUCCAGAAAAAUUAAAAACACUAGUACUGCACGAGUUACACUUCAGCCAUUUCGGUAUCAGUAAGAUGAAAGCACUAGCCCGAUCUUUUGUCUGGUGGCCAACGAUUGAUCACGAUUUAGAGGGAUUAACACGUUCAUGUACAAAAUGCUUAGAAACAAAAAAGAAACCGGUGAAAAUCCCUUUGACGCCAUGGUCGUGGCCUACGAUGCCUUGGCAUAGGGUUCACGCUUGCAGGAAAAACUAUACUUUUUUUGAUGAUCGACAGUCAUUAUAAAUGGCCGGAAGCUUUUAUUAUGCCAAAUAUGUCGGAAAAGGCCACGAUCUCAGUAUUCAAAGAGGUUUUCACACGUUUUGGCUACCCCGCACAUUUAGUCACUGACAACUACUCAACAUUCGUCGGGGGAAGUUUUCAAAAUCUCAUGAAAAAGUCAGGCAUUCGUCACAGCACAAGUCCACCGUAUUGCCCAGCGACAAACGGGGCAGCGGAAAAUCUAGUGGACACGUUCAAGCGUAAGGUUACAAAUUAACCGAGGCCUUACUGUACAUGGUUACCUGUAUAAUAAAAAGUGGUUUAACAGUAGAAGACUAACUAACUAACUUUUAUUCGAUUAUAGGAGUACUCCACACAGUUCCACGAACCAAUCUCCAGCUAAGCUUAUGCUUGGACGUGAAUUACGUACUAGAUUUUCUUUAUUGCGGCCGAGAGAGGCCGAAAGUUUGAUGUAUAAUAAUCAAAACCGACAAGUCCAAAAUCAUAAAGGGUCGAGAAAUGUAAAAUUCAGUGUGGAUGACUGUGUUAUGGUCACGGACUACCGAUCGGGAAAAAUGAAAUGGACGAAAGCUAGAAUUAAGAAAAUUAUUGUGCCGGGGGUAACCUUUCUAGUUGAAGUUGACGGCGAAAACGUACGGAAACGGCACAGUAACCAAAUGAUUGAAAGUAGCGAGCGAGUGUUCGACGAGCACGAUAAUAUCAGUAAAAAGACAGUGAGUAGUCAGCAGCCAGAGCGACGCCGCUCUGAAAGAAUUAAAAAUAAUCAAAACAAAUAAAAUCUAAAUAAAAUAUAUUAAUUUAGGACCUAGUUUAAGUUUGCAUUAUGUAACGAAGCGAUAAUUUCUUAAGAUAAGUGGGGGAGAGUGUUGUAACUGACGUAUAAGUUGCACUCGAGCACGAUUGUAGUACGGCAGUGUACGCUGCCCGCGUAAAGUACGUGGGCAGAUUCGGCAGUGGUGAGCAAUAGUCAGUCCCGUUCUGGGUAUGCUCCGAUGCGCACGCUUCACAAAUUAACCGAGGCCUUACUGUACAUGGCAUUAAAUAAAGGAGUCUGCUAAGAAUAA